GCCUUGCGACAAGCGCGCAUCUUUUAGACAGAGGACAGGACACCGGGCAAGGCAUGGAACACCUUGGUGUGUUACUACUGCUGUGGACGUGUGUGUCACGAUUAAAUUUAACAGAAGGUUUUCCAACGUGCGGUACAGAGCAGUUUGUGUGUAAUAAUGGCAGAUGUGUGCCUCUGAAUCUUCGCUGUGAUGGUGUGGAUGAAUGUGGAGACAGCAGCGAUGAGAUCUCCUGUUUGAAUUGCACUAGUGGCUCCUUCCACUGUGUGGCAGCAGCGCGCUGCGUUCCUUCCCGUAGCGUCUGUGAUGGCAGGCCUGACUGCUCUGAUGGAGCAGAUGAACAGUUCAACACAUGCGCACCGACAUGCGCUAGGUCACAGUUCAGGUGCACGAAUGGACGCUGUGUGCCCAAUUCUGGGAGGUGUGACAACAUCAAAGACUGUGAAGAUGGCAGCGAUGAAGAGAACUGUGAUGACAACGAAUGUGACAUCGAUAACGGUGGCUGCUCUCACCUGUGUAUUGAUCUACCCCUUGGUUUCAUGUGUGACUGCCCCAGUGGAAUGAGGCUGGUCCAGGACACACAUUGUCAGGAUGUGGACCACUGUCUUGAUUCAGAUGAGUGUGAUCAAAUUUGUGUCCGUACCAAUGGAUCUCUUGCGUGUGAAUGUCAGGAUGGGUAUGUGCUGACCGCUGGGACUGGACAGUGCAAGGCUACAGGUGUUGCUGUUCAUGUGGCGGUCAGCACUCACGAGGGUGUUAAAUGGAUGGACCUCAGCGUCUCUGAGCAAAGAAACAUCACAAAUAAAAGAGCCUCACCAGGACCUGUUUCAGCACUUAAUGCAAAGAACACGUUAUAUUGGACCAGUCCUGAGAAUGACAUCAUCUACAGGGUGUCUUUAGACUCCAGUGACCAUAGACCAGCUGUGUUGUUAAAGGCUUCCAUAGGCGUUCUGGGAUUGGCGGUAGACUGGAUCCAUGAGCUUCUGUACUGGGUCAGCACCGACACUCAUGCUUUACACGUGGCUUCUCUGAAUGGCUCCAAACAAAGUGAGCUCAUCUCUGGGCUCUCCAGACCUACUGCAGUUGCUGUCCAGCCGCUGCUAGGGUAUGUGUUCUGGGCAGAUAGUGAGGCGUCUCCCAGAAUUGAGCGUGCCAGUUUGAAUGGGACGAGCAGAAUAGCACUGAUAACUUCAUCUAUACGCUAUCCUGUCGCAAUCUCCUUAGAUAUCACUCGUGGUCUGCUGUACUGGGCUGACUCAGGUCUGCGCACAGUAUCAAGGGUUGCAUUUGAUGGACAACAUAGAAAGACGGUUGUAGAGUCCAACGGAUAUCUGGAUCAACCGUUUGGACUGGCAGUAUUUGAGAGUCGAGUGUACUGGAGUGACCAAUUGACCAACUCUAUUUGUAGUGCAGACAAGCACAAUGGCAACAUGCUCCAGGUUUCUCAGAGACUUGGUUCUGUUUCACCGGCUGGACUGGUCAUCCUUCAUCCACUGUUACAGCCUACAGACAGUGAUCCAUUGCAGUCGAAAACAAGAACGUCACUUCCUGCUUCACAAUUUGCAUGGCUCCUCUCAUUGACUGUCAUCAUCAGUUUGCUGUUGGUGGGGGCAGUGCUAUGGCGGCAGAGGUCUGAAUUCUGUGCCUCUCGUUCUCUUUCUCCUCUCGGAGAAGUGACGCUUAAAGAAUCCCAGGAUCCUCUUCUGUUAUCCAGGCUGCCUAUAGUACAUGAGCAUAAAGAUGGCACACAGAGUGGUUCAGCGCACUGAUAUGGACAGUUUUCCUGUGACGGGAACUGUAGCCUUCCUGUGGUGGAUAUCACAGCCCCAUUUCCUGCCGUGCUUGGGCACGAGAGAAAGUUAAGUGAGGCAGGCAGAUGGAUUCCACACAAACAUCUUGCUUGGUGACCCCAAAAAUUAUUGCCAAGCGUCUGUUUAUGAUCGAUAAUCAUAUAGAACAACAGUCAAACUAAGUGUUCAGUGGAACAUGUUUGUCUUAUAAAAAUACGCUAUAGUCACUAUCAGAUUUUUUUAGUGCCUUUAACUUAAUUAUAUCUGUCUGAAUAAUAGCCAUGUAACUGUAAGCAAUAUAUUUCCAUUUUACCAUUUGCAUCUGUGGAUUAUAUUGGACACGGAAUGGCAAAAUGUCACCAUGACAGUGUUCUGAGCUUCAGGUCAAUAAUUAAUUGACCAUGUUAUAUGGUACACCAGAGCUGUGAGUCAUUACAUGAAGUUUAUCAGUUUUAAGCUUGUUUUAGGGUGCUGUUCUGUUUACUUUCUAUUGCUGUAAUUUAUGAAGUGAUAAAUGUCUGUUCACCAUUGAAUUCAUAGGCUCAUAAGUUGAACAAUCUCUGUCUUGUCUUUGAAAUGUUUGCCUAGAGACAAAAUCAGUUAGGAAAAUGUUUUAUUUUUAAAUUGAUGCUUUAGACUACAGAGGUGAU